AUGAUGGAAUGUAAUGUGUUUAAUCAAGUGAAUGAAUACUUUGUAUCAACAGGCAAGUACAUUGGUUAUAACCCUGCUGCUCUCACUGACAUUAAGACAUUCCUACUUGUGGGGGAAGAAAUCUUCCUACUGUCUUUUGUGUUGACGUGCUUGUCCUGGGCCAAUUUUUGGGCAGUAAGUUGGAAAGAACUCCUACAGCAAUAACUAAUGAUUUGUUUAACAUUUAUUGUUACAGUGGAGAGAAAAUAAUUGAGGCAACAUUAGGCUCCCCAACUAACAUUGGAAAGCAUCUGUAAUUGGUAAUCGUCCUAUAACCAAGGGCCAUACUAGUUAUGGAUUUGUUCAGCAAUAACCUGCUUCCUUUUAUUAUAUGGUACUGUCAUUUCCUUAUAGCUUUUAAUGAGCAUUGCGAGAAUCGUGCAGUCUUAAAUCCUGGUCACAUCAGUGGCGGAUCCAGAGCCUGAUCUCGGGAGGGGCACUUGUAGAUUAUUUAAAGAAAUAAUCCAGACACAAUAACUACUACAGCUCAGUGUUGUGGUUAUGGUGUCAAUAGUGCCGGGACCCCCUCCUAGAGUAAGUAGUCAAACCGUUUAAGAACAGUUUGACAACUUACCUGAGGUCUGCUGGGAAAUGGGGCGGUAGUAGGGCAUAGGAGCAGUGGUGUGUGUGAGUGGUGCAAUGUGUAAGGGGUGCAGUGUGUGUGUGUGUGAGGGGGACAGUGUGUGAGCAGUGUGUGUGUGUGUGUGUGUGAAGGUUGUAGUGUGUGAGUGGGGGGCAGUGUAUGUCAGGGAUGCAGUGUAUGUGUGGGACAGUAUGUGUGUGUAACAGUUGCAGUGUGUGUGUGAAUGUGGGCAAUGUGUGUGUAUGGGGCGGCAGUGUAUGGGGGCAGUGUGUGUGUAUGCGGGGCAGCAGGGGGGCAGUAUGUGUAUGGGGGGGCAGUAUGUGUAUGGGGGCAGUAUGUGGGGGGGCAGUAUGUGUGUGGUAUGUGUGUAUGGGGGCAGCAUGGGGGCUGUGUGUGUGUGUAAGGGUUUUUUAUAAUAUAUAUCUUUAGUUAUUUAAUAAAAAAAUAAUAAUAUUCUAUGUUUUCAUCCCUGGUGGUCCCAGUGGUGAUUCCCUGGUGGUCCCAGUGGUUACAGUGAACUCUAGCCCGCGCUCCCGGGCUAGAGUUCACUCUCGCGAGAUUUGGAGCGUUGCCGCGGCAACACUCCAAAUCUCGCGAGAGGAGGACCCGGAGCUCCCAGGUCCUCCCUCUCCCUCCCCUGCCGGCUGUCAGCACAGUGCCUGCGGACCGGGGAGGGAGAUCACUGAUCUCCCCUCCGGUCCGCAGGCACAUUGCAGGGCUAGCGCCUGCAUGUGCUGGCAGGGGAGGGAGACCGGUGGAUUUCUCGGGGGGGGCAAUUGCCCCGUUGCCCCCCCCUGGAUCCGCCAGUGGGUCACAUGUGUUGUUAGUUUUAUUUUGGCACCUGCUAAUUCACAUAUUGUUUGCACGAGCUGCACAACACAUAGUCCAAUUUUAUAUCUGUACAUGCUUGGUGUAUAUAAACCAUUUUUGCCCGGUUUCAGCGACAAUAUAGGUUAAUAACCUGAUUUCUGCUUAAAAUGUAUUGGGAUGUUUUUGACUAAACAUUGUACAAAGUAUUUGGCCUGGAGACAAGUACAAAACAAAAUGUUUUUUAUUUUUAUUAUUUGCACAUGGAACUCUCUUUAUGGAUGUUUCUACUCCUCCCAAGCAUACAAUAGGGUUUUGACAGAUGGAUGCUGCUGGAGUUGCAAGUUAUGACAUCAUAUAACCCUGCAACCUCCAUUAGUGUUACACAAAUCACACAUGGAUAAUUGUACAGACACAGAUUUCUUCCGACAAAUUCAUUCCCACCGAUGACAUCUGGCGUGUGUUAUGAAUGUCAUGAGUGCUUUCUCCACUCAGUCUACAGUCAAUUGUAACUUCUCAUGGUCAUCAGACAUACUCCUCUUGGUCCGGCAGCCUGGAUAACACCAGUUACUCUAGCACCUUUGAAAAAUAACCCAGUGGCCCAGUUCAGGCCUGGGUAACAUUGACAGAUCAUCGGCUCAUGCACAAACCCAUACAGCGUUGUACUAGUAAAGGCCCUGUACAAAUCUGCCUGCUGCCUCACUCCGAUAGUGUGGUGCCAACAGAUGUCCCAAAACACCUCCUCCUAUUUUAGUACAUAGAAGAAAUGGUGCAAGGCUAUAGCCCUCAAUCCCUGUAUGCUAGUGCCUUUCCCCUUUGAAGCCCUCCCUUGGGUUUCAUCUGGUUUCAUGUGACUUUAUUCAAUUGUGAUUUUGUAUUGUAGUUUCCAAUUGGUCCAUAUAAAACUAGUUUGAUGCCAACAUACACAGAAAUUGAAGAAUGUUUUGCUGUGUUUAAAAGCAAUUUUCAUUGCUACAUGGUAUUAGUAGCUGUAACUAACUGGCUUCUGGGAUUUGUCAAACCUUAGCUGUUUGACAGGAGUAUAAUAAGAGGUCUCUGUGGUGGAACCAGCCACGCCACUGGGCAUUGGAGAAGACUGAUUGCCAGCCUCCUGCCAUGUGACUAUGGCCCCUGGGAUGUAUUGCCUGCUCUCCUGUACUGCUGAGGAUUGCUACCAACUAGGUGGAUUUGGCUAUGGAGCUUGUGUAGUGCCCUCUGUUAGUAGCAACAGUAAUAUGCACUACCUGAAUAGCAAGACUGGUCAUUUGCAUAUUCGGGUAGAUUUGCAAAUCGCUAAUUCUGCAUGCAGGAGAGACAUUUUGUGUUAAUUAUGGUCUUCCCCACCCAUUUAUAAAUAUGUAAUUAUGUUAUAAUAAGUCACUGUAUGUUGCCUGCUAUGAUUUGACUGUUUGUAAUUUUAUUGAGUUUUCACAGCAAUGUUAAUGUAAUGACCAUAUGGGCUAGUCCCAAGUAAAAUAAAGUUUUAGACCGUUCUACUUCACCCUCAAUUUGGAGUCCUGUCUCUUAUUGGGGGAAUCUGCUACAAGGGAUUGCUAUACUCUGCAUAUUCCCUUGCUAUAAUCACUCCUAAACUCUUUCAAGAGCUCGUUCCUGCUUCGCUCUGAAGGAAGAGAGGUUUGGCCUGCGGUGGUUGUGGUGUCGGCUACAGUGCUUGGAAUCCUCAAGAAGUGCUGGGAGCAUCCAUCAACGGAGGUACCCAGUCGGGGUGCCAGGUGAUCCGUUACAGUCUCCAUCUGUCUAGGGCUUGUCUGUAAUAUGCUUUAGUAUGGUAGUUCUUUAAUACCUGUACUAAUUGUCCUUGUGGCUGAGUGACAGGCAACAGAGGGUUGUAGUCAAUGGAUUAUAUUCGAAGCAUGGGCUUGUCACCAGUGGAGUACCUCAGGGAGCUGUACUGGGACCCAUUCUCUUUAAUGUUUUUAUUAGUGAUAUUGCAGAAGGUCUUGAUCAUAAGGUAUGUCUUUUUGCUGAUGAUACGAAGAUAUGUAACAGGGUUGAUAUUCCAGGAGGGAUAAGCCAAAUGGCAAAUGAUUUAGGUAAACUAGAAAAAUGGUCAGAGUUGUGGCAACUGACAUUUAAUGUGGAUAAGUGCAAGACAAUGCAUCUUGGACGUAAAAACCCAAAGGGCAGAGUACAGAAUAUUUGAUAGUCCUAACCUCAACAUAUGAGGAAAGGGAUUUAGGGGUGAAUAUUUCUCAUGACUUAAAGGUAGGCAGACAAUGAAAUAGAGCAGCGGGAAAUGCUAGCAGAAUGCUUGGUUGUAUAGGGAGAGGUAUUGGAAGUAAGAGGGAAGUGCUCCAGAAGGAUAUUGAUACUUUAGAGAGAGUUCAGAGAAGGGCUACUAAACUGGUUCAUGGAUUGCAGGAUAAAACUUACAAGGAAAGGUUAAAGGAUCUUAACAUGUAUAGCUUGGAGGAAAGAUGGGAGGGGGGUGAGGAGGGUGUAUGAUAGAAACCUUUAAAUACAUAAAUGGAAUCAACACCGUAAAGGAGGAGACUAUAGUUAAAAGAAGAAAAAAUGCCACAACAAGAGGACAAAGUCUUAAAUUAGAGGGGCAAAGGUUUAAAAAUAAUAUCCGGAAGUAUUACUUUACUGAAAGGGUAGUGGAUGCAUGGAAUAGCCUUCCAGCUGAAGUGGUAGAGGUUAACACAGUAAAGGAGUUUAAGGGAUGGGAUAGGCAUAAGGCUAUCCUAACUAUAAGAUAAGGCUAGGGACUAAUGAAAGUUUUUAGAAAAUUGGGCAGACUAGAUGGGCCGAAUGGUUCUUAUCUGCCGUCACAUUUUAUAUUUCUAUGUUUCCUUCUCUCAUGCCAUGGAAUUGGGCCUGGGCUGGAAACUUCACGGUGUGGCCCAUUAUGGUUAGUGGCAUUACAGUGUUGUACAAUUGGUGAGGAAAAGACAGUACAAUAUACACAGACCAAUACAUUAGGUAAGUAAGGCCUGUUCUGUGAGCUGAGAUGUAGCAAUCAAAGCUCUUUUAUACAAAGUUCUUAGUCUGUGAGUUUACAAUCUAAAAGCUAAAAUGGGCAAUUGUGACGAGGUAGCAGGAGGAAUUUGUAGGUUAUGGUUAGAGAGUUCGAUAUUUAAAGCUGCUAAUAAGAUAUAAAUGAGAUAGUUUCAAGCAGCUGGGCUGAAAACGUAGUUGGUUGUCUAUAGUGGUCUAUUCCCUUGGGCUUGUCUUAGAAAGCUCUCAUUUUAUGGAUUUUAUAGAUUCCCUCUAAGCACCUGACUACUACAGCACACUGUUGAGAAGAGUGCUCUUGCGCCACCUUUGUAAGGAGGUUUAGUAGCCGUUUUACUUCUAACCUAGGGCAUGUUUUGUGCCGCUCUGCAAAUACGAACUGCUCGAAGCUUUAUUCGUUGGACUAAGCCUGGCAGUGCUGGGCUUAACUCAGGAGAACCAUCGGAAACUUGCAGGUUUUCGACAUUAGUAGUGGAGUUUGGAAAGAACGUCCAGUGGGCCCCAGGUAAUACAUUAUAAUGUUUGAAUACUUACAAUAGGGUAGGCACCAGAGCAGUCCUGGCACAAUCACCACUACAACAAGCUGUAAUGGUUAUGGUGCUUGGAGUGUUGAAGUUCUUGAAGUCUGAUUUACUCCAUCAGAUAAGGAUAAGGUAUGACAACUUUCAAUAGGGGAAUAUCUACUAAAUGUUAAGACACUUUUAUUGGUCUGUUCCUUUAACCCCUUAAGGACCACACUUCUGGAUUAAAAGGGAAUCAUGACAUGUCACACAAGUCAUCUGUCCUUAAGGGGUUAAAGUUACUUGUUCAAUAUUCUUUCUACCCCAUGUUUGGAUGUAUCCAAGUAAUGUACCAAAAUUUAGAUUUCAAUUGUUUUAAAGCUAUUGUUGAAGUUGAUACAUCUGAAGGAACAAAUUUACCUGUUCCUGUUUUAUCAUCACUUAAUCUUCCUUAGUGGUGUUUUUUCUGUCUGUCCGCAGUUGCCCAUUGAAAUGGAUUGCUUGAAAGAAAUAUCUUCCUCAUCCAUGUGUUACUGUGUAACCACAAAUUGAGAAAUGGUAAACUGUAGAUAAAGUGUACAUUGCAUCUGUGUGCAAGAGGAAGCUGUAAUUUAUGUACAGCUUGGCACUGUGUGAUAUCUGCUUGAAUGUCUUCAAAUUGCAAAAAAAAUAAAAUAAUAGUUUGCAGCAAUUAUAGCAACAUUUACUAAGGUCAGAAGCUCCGACAUAUUCUGAAGCGUUGUACAAUUGACGGGGUAACAAACAAGUAGUUCUGCAAGACAAGUUGGACGCACAGGAACAGAAGGUGAUCUCAUCUUCUAAGGUUAUCGAUCUCAGCCAAUCAAAUGCUUGCAUAUGUGCAACAAUACGCCACGCUGAGCCAAUCAGUCUUUCUAAGACCGUCAGGUUGAAAUAGUGGAGGUAACUCCAGUAUUUUGCAGGAGAGCCUCCUGACCACCUAAUUGAAAUGAAGUGUCCUGGGUGUCUAUAGAGUGCCUUUAAGCAACUCUGACGACAUUGCCUUUUAUCGUUGAUUGUUUGUCACAGCCCAACUUUCUGUAUCGGACAAGCGUUCGUACUGAUCAUUCGUGCAAUAUAAACCCUUCUUGAAUACACGAAUAGCCGAAAGAAACAGCCCUCAAAUAUUUAUCUGUGCUUACAAUUGUCUACGUGUUCGAACAUUACUGUGUAUUGGGAUAUACGAUCAUAUCAUUGUCAACCUCACUUUUAGUCCCUUUUUCUAUUUUAUAUCUUGGAAAACCUUUCCGUAUCCUCAAGCCCUUACAUUUGUAUGUGCUCCUUAGUCCAAUCAACAUAAAUCUCAUCUUAACCUCUGUUAAUGCAUUGUAACAUUUUAUAGUACUCGCAAAAUGAACUGUAGGUUUAUUUGUAUUUUGUCAUACAACGUUUAGCUCUUUUUUUUUUUUUUUACUUAAAGACUGUACGAUUCUGGAAUUGGUGGCACUGUAUAAAUAAAUGAUUUUUUUUUUUUCCCUCUCUUUAUUAUUUAAAGACUUUUUUCCUGUGUAGCACAUAGCUCUGAUAUUUCUCUUCAGCCUCGUCUAUUUAAAGCCAUGUUCAUUUUCAGUGUACUGUUCACUAACUUUGACAUAUGUGUAAGUAUAUAUUUCAAUUACAGCAGACCAGGCUACAAUUAACAUGCGAGGCAUAUUUUUCAGUUGUAAUUCAAGACAGAUGUAUACAUUUAGAGAAAAGCUUUGACUGUUAAUACUUGGAGGGCCAAACUUGCUGCAUUCUCUGUGUUUAAAUAUAAAAAAAGAGAGGGUAUCACUAACAUAAAUUUGAUGAUGAUUGAUGACUGGAAAGAGUGACUUGUAGUGAUCUUAUAUAUUUAUUCAAAUUUUAGAGUCAAAUAAACUUUGUUUAAAAGGUAUUUGAAACAUUAAAGGGACACUAUAGUAUCCUGAACAACUUUAGCUUAAUCCCUUAAGGACACAUGACAUGUGUGACAUGUCAUGAUUCCCUUUUAUUCCAGAGGUUUGGUCUUUAAGGGGUUAAUGAAGCAGUUUUGGUGUAUAGAACAUGCCCCUGCAGCCUCACUGCUCAAUCCUCUGCCAUUUAGGAGUUAAAUCCCUUUGUUUAUGAACCAUAGUCACACCUCCCUGCAUGUGACUUGCACAGCCUUCCAUAAACACUUCCUGUAAAGAGAGCUCUAUUUAGGCUUUCUUUAUUGCAAGUUCUGUUUAAUUAAGAUUUUCUUAUCCCCUGCUAUGUUAAUAGCUUGCUAGACCCUGCAAGAGCCUCCUGUAUGUGAUUAAAGUUCAAUUUAGAGAUUGAGAUACAAUUAUUUAAGGUAAAUUACAUCUGUUUGAAAGUGAAACCAGUUGUUUUUUUUCAUGCAGGCUCUGUCAAUCAUAGCCAGGGGAGGUGUGGCUAGGGCUGCAUAAACAGAAACAAAGUGAUUUAACUCCUAAAUGACAGUGAAUUGAGCAGUGAAAUUGCAGGGGAAUGAUCUAUACACUAAAACUGCUUUAUUUAGCUAAAGCAAUUUAGGUGACUAUAGUGUUCCUUUAAAUAUGUACAGAUAUCUUUCCACAAGCACCUUAAAGGAACACUAUAGGGUCAGGAUCACAAACAUGUAUUUCUCACCCAAUAGUGUUAAAACCACCAUCUAGCCCCCUCUUGCCCCCAUAAAUAUAGUACAAUCUUACUUCUGUUCAAGUCUGCUGCUGCUGGCUCUGCCUCUAAUCUUCCAGCUUGGCUGACAUCAUCAGAAGAUGUGUUCACAUAGGAAAGCAUUGGAUUGCUUCAGCUUGUCAAGGAGGCAGAUCAGGGGCAGAGGCAGCACAGGUCAAACACAGUCCUGGCCAACCAGCAUCUCCUCAGAGAGAGUCACUGUAUCUCUAUGAGGAAAGUUCAGUGUCUCCAUGCAGAGGAUGGAGAUGCUGAAUAGCAGUACUGUACAGUGUGCAGCACUGCCCAGGAAGCACCUCUAGCAGCCAGCUGAUGAGUGACUGGUGGAGGCAUCCAUGGCUAUAAUGUAAAUACUGCCUUUUCUCAGAAAAAAAACAGUGCUUACUGCAAAAAGGUAAUAUUAUACCCACCAGAACAAAUACAAUAAGCUGUAGUUGUUCUGGUGACUAUAGUGUCCCAUUAAAAUCAAAUCCUAUGUUCACAAAACUUGGGAAGCUUUAGUCGUAGAUAGACCGACUACCCAACUAUAUGAUACACCCAAGUCAUUUGACACCCAAUUUGCUACUGACAGUACACUAUUAUUUUGGCAUUUUGUAACAUCGACAUGUCAUCACGUUUCCUGUACUCUCGUUAAGUUACUUGGACAUUCCAUUACUUCCCUUCUCUUUUCUCCUCGUGUGGACUCGGCAGAUCCUUCCUUCAUUUUCGCAUUACUCUCUGCUGCCUUCUCUCUUAAACUCCUAAUCUUCUCUGACUUCCCUUCUUCCAUUCCAUCCUCUGCAACGGAAUACAUGGAAAGUGGCAUCACCACGGCUAAGACCAAAACUUUAAACAUAUCUCAUCUUGCAAUACCACUCUUCCUAUUAGUAUAACCUUACUGAGGUCGCAUGGGCUUUUUUAUAUUCCCUCUACCAUCUCAAUAUUCCGCCAAAUUCAUACUCCUGAUACCUAAUGUGGGCUUACCCUUUACUAUAGUGCAUUUUUGUUGUCUUGUAGUUCUAAUUGUACUUCACUUUGUAUGUUGUUUUUUUUUUUUUUAAUCUGCUUUGUUUUGUGGUUUUUUUGUUUUUGUUUUCUUCUGGCAGUGAUAUCCCUCCACCCUCCCUACACUUUCAUGUUCCUUUUUCUUAGUAUUGACAACAUUUUAAAACAAAGAAUCUUGAAAAAUAAUACUUGCACAAUUUUCAUUUUUAUAGAAAAAUUGUGGAUAUGUGCUUUAGAUGUUUACUAUCUUCUUGAAAUAUUUGUCAGGGUUCGAAAAAGCUAGAAGUAUGGAUUCCAUUUUGUCACAAGUAACAGAAUUUUAUGGUUUUAUUUUUAAAAUUUUUUUUAAAAAUGCACAAAUAAUCUUAAGGCUAUUUGCGAAUACAUGUUUAAAGACCUGCAGUAUAGGAGAUAUUGUGGUAUGUAUAAAACUGUUCAAUUAUGCAACAUGUAAUUACUGAUUCUUAAAAGCACUUCCUGUAGUAGAAGAUCAGAGUUAAAAAGAACUGCUGUUAAAGGGACCUCAGAUCUAUAUUGUGCGUUUUGUAAUUGUGUGUCUGAUGCCUGUUCAUUGAUAGGAUGACCAUACCCUUCCUAUCCUAAAACUUUUAUUAAAUUUUUAUUUUUCAGUAAUGCUCAUUGGUCUUCUUAGAUAUGCCUUUGUGAUUGAGCGGUACGGCCCGUCCUUACUGAACACUGUUGCAUUUGCGUUGGGAUGGAUUUGUGCUGCUGGCCUUUCCAUGGUUGGUAGCUUCCAGGUAAGACAUUUUACUGAUGUUUAACUUGAAGUAUUCGUUAAAACACUGUCCGUCUGGUCAGACCAAAGAAUAGAAAGGUCAUUGGGGUUCAAGGCAGAUUUUAAAGGUAGGUAUGCUAGUAUAGCAGAAACCAGUUCAGAGGUGUGUGUGUGUGUGUGUGUGUGUUUUUGUAAUAUACAUAUAUACAUAAAUAAAGAAAUAUAUAUAUAUAUAUAUAUAUAUAUAUAUAAUUAUUUAUUUUUUUUCAAGUAGAGUUUUUGUUUUUUUGUUUUGUUUUUGUUUAAAGUUUAAACGUCAGUUGUAGGUGUACUUAUAAGUCAGGUUUGCAUGCUGAAAUUCAGGAAUGGUGGGAAUAAACAGGUUCUUGUAGAGAUGCUAACGGCAACUGGCCAUUUUUAUGUAUAUAUUUUUUUAACCUUUCAUGCUAUAAACACAAUCUAGCAUGGUUCUGACGAUAACCAGGUACAUUUCAGUAAUAACCAGAUAUUUCCAGUGGCUUUGGAGGUCUAGUUCUGGACUCUCAUAUUUCAGUUUUGAGAAGUAUAGCAUAAGUUUAACACAUGAAUUGUUUGAACACUCCGUGCCAAGUUAUGUUUACUCUUAAAAGAAAACUGUCAUCAUUUUUGAUUAUUAAUGAAAAUAAAAGAUUACAUGCAGUAUAGCUUGGUGACAUUUUGUUGACCAUGCAUUUAGUUUAACUCUUUUUGGUGAAUCUCCUAGCGUACUCUUGCUCCAUGUGGGUGGCCAUCUUUAACUCUUUGCUCAGAAGCAUUGCUUCUUCCAAAGAGCCAUGCACUAUUUGAAGGUCUGAAACCAUCCCAGAGUGCAUUUUGAGAUGCCCAGUGCUUGCUCAUGCUGUUUGAAUUCAUGCAUAUACCAAAAGCUCUUAAAUUACCAGCACAGCUUUUGGACGUAUUGGUUAUGCUUCUGAAUAGAGGACACAAGAUGGCCGCCUCCAUAGAGUGAAGGUAAGCCAGAAGAUACGCUAAAAACAAGUAUUAACGGGACUCUCCAGUGCCAGGAAAACAUAUCAGUUUUCCUGGCACUGCAGGACCAUACAGUGCCCCUCUCCCUCCCACCCCCCAUCCCAUGUUGCUGAAGUGGUUAAAACCCCUUCAGUGACUUACCUAAAUCCAGCGCCGAUGUCCCUCGGUGCUGGAUCAGGCUCCGUCGGCGGAGGAGACCUAAUGCGCGUAGCGUGAUGACGUCCAGCGUAGUUUAAAACACUUCAUGUUCUAAGAACAUGGAAGUCCCUCUUAUGGUUACUAGUGAAGGACCUAAGCCUGCAAGGUAAUUAUUGCAGCUUAUAAAAACUACAAUAAUUACACUUGCAGGGUUAAGGGUGGUGGGAGUUGGCACCCAGACCACUCUGAUGGGCAGAAGUGGCCUAGGUGCCUGGAGUGUCCCUUUAACGUACAUGCAUUACCAAAAUAAUACACAGACGCUAUACUACAUGUAAGCUUUUAUUUUAAGCAUUAAUAUUGCGUAAUAUUAAUGUAACCUUUUUUUUUUUUUUUUAAAGAUGACAGAACGCAAUGUAAAACACUGCUUGUGUAUACUGGGUUGUUUUUCUUUUUUUUUUUUAUAUUAAUAUAUAUUGCGUUACCUGGACAACCAGGAUGCCGGCGUUCGAGGCAUGAGACCGCACUGCUCAUUAACAUAUGACCACUGACGAGGUUCCUAAACAGGCAUGCUGUAUAUUCUGGAUAACCAGAGUGCUUGUUACUGGAUCCCCUAGUCUGGAACUAUUAAUGUGGCUGUCUUUAACUCUGUGUGGCGUCAGGAUCUGCACACUGAAAUUUUCAUGUAUACGAUUCAUUCUCUCUAUCUCGGAGUAAAAAGAUUAAUCCUAAGCAAAAAAAAAAUUGUAAUAUUGAACAUUAUGAAUAAUAUCAUCAUGUAGUGCUGAUACAGCUUAAGCCAUACUUUCAGUAGUGCCUCCAAUUGAAAUCAGAAAAUAUUGUAUAAGUGCUUAGUGAAUAAUAAAGUUAUAUUGUAAAGUGCAUAACAUUCAACUAGUGCAACUAGUGAAAUAUGGAUGAAAGUGCAUAUCUAAAUACAUAAAUAACAGAACUGAAAAAAAUCACACGGGAAUACUCAAUCUUAACAAUAACCCGAUGAUGUGUAAUAAAUUAUGUAUAUACGUACACUCUCUGGAGUAAAGUGAUUUUGUAUUUUGGUACCAAGAAAACCUCAAAAUAAAACAGAAAUACAAGUUCCAAACUUGUGGUGUCCCAUUAUAUAUUUUCCACUUGCUCAUCAGUAAAUUGUAGGGUUUCAACUUGAGUGUUGUCAUGAUUUGUAGCAUGUAUGUAAUCACCCAUUAAGCUUCUAUUUGGACCCCCACCAAAGAGGGGGAUAACUGUUGUUCAUCCCCCCAAAAAAUGUAUGAUUUUUUUUUUAUACUGUUCCUUUAAGAAAAGUACUUCAGUGCCUUUAAAGACAGCGCCACUGCACAAACUUGUCCCAAAAAUAUUUUCCUUUUUAGAGUUUGUAGGAUAUAUUCCAAUUCGUGGGUGCAUAGGUUGGAGGCCGUGCAACUUCCAAUAUUAAUAACAAAUAGAAAAGACCUUGCACUCCUACUAACUGACCUCAUCACCUGGUGCUUGAUUAAACUGAAUAUACAAAAUUAGAGAGAUUAGCACUCUUGGGAUACUUUGAAAAAAGUUUACUUACAGACCGUGUCACCAACAGUCAACGUUUCAGUUCCAGUAAGAAACUUUCAUCAGGACAAACACAAUUGCAUUAACACAAGCAUCGUAUAUUUAUAGGACCCCAAAAAGUACCUCAACCUUCACCUGUGCAGAGGGUUGGCGUUCGUUAAUCCAAAGAGCGCUUUUGUAAAGUAUAGGAGACAGCUGUAUCAAUCACGUCUCCGUGUGCAUAUAUCUAUAAACAAGGAUGGACAUAUAUAAAAUCUUAUCAUGCCUCCAUGGUGUGAUGAAAUUUUAAUCUGUCUUCAUGAGCUGUUGUUUACCCUGUUUAUUUGAGCCUAUGAUUACAAUUAUUUAUUUUGCAUAUGUUUAUAAAUCUGUUGAAUGUGCAGUGCAUCUUCCAACUUGCAAUUGCAAUUAUUUUCGUGUCAUGGUUUUUAUAAUCUUAUUGGUAUCCUAUAUGAUAUAUUUAACAUAGUCAGCAGAAGGUAGCCAUCUGUCAGGAGAAACGGUGAGCCUCCAUUUACUAUUGCACGUGUUUUGUGUUUCGAAAUAGUAAUCGCUGCAUCAGCUUGCGGCGAGUGGGUGCAACAAAUGGAAAGGAAAUAAUCUUUUGACAGAUUUCAUGGACGUUCUCCUUGUAAAACAUUCAGCCAGAAACACACACCCAUAUAUGUGAGGUACUUAAGAACACAAGCCUGACUCAUAAGAGAAAAAACCCAAACUGAGCCUUUACAGAAACACCAUGUGGGUGUCACUCCUUGUAAGAGUAGGGAAUAAAUAAAAAAAGUUUAACGUGCCUUGCAUACUGCGACACCCUGGUCUCCAUGCUGCCGCUCAAAAAUUUGAGCGGACAAAAAUUAGCUCACCUUAAUAUACCAAUAUACAGCACAGGUGUAGGUGCACAAGUGUAAUAAAAGUGUGUAGUUGCUUCAGAGAAAAAUAAACACAGUGAUACAAAAUAUAGUAGAAAUGUCUGUAGUCUCUUCACAACACACAUGCACACAUAGUGGACUUAAAGGACCACUAUAGUGCCAGGAAGGCAUACUCGUUUUCCUGGCAAUAUAGUGCCCUGAGGGUGCCCCUACCCUCAGGGUCCCCCUCCCGCCCGGUUCUGGGGAGAGGAAAGGGGUAAAAACUUACCUUUUUCCAGCGCUGGGCAGGGAGCUCUCCUCCUCCGAUCCUCCUCCAUUCCUCCCAUUCGGCUGAAUGCGCAUGCGCAGCAAGAGCUGCGCGCGCAUUCAGCUGGUCGCAUAGGAAAGCAUUUACAAUGAGAAUCACGCAAGCGCCUCUAGUGGCUGUCAAUGAGACAGCCGCUAGAGGAAUUGGAGGAAGGAUUAACCCAUUUGUAAACAUAGCAGUUUCUCUGAAACUGCUAUGUUUAUAAAAAAAAAAAUGGGUUAACCCUAGCUGGACCUGGCACCCAGACCACUUCAUUAAGCUGGAGUGGUCUGGGUGCCUAGAGCGGUCCUUUAAUUCAAUAAGUGCAACACAGCAGGAUCAGUUAUGUGCAGAACACUUUGUAAUUAUAAGCUGGUAGUGCAUAGUGGGAAUGCACUUGGUGUGUUUUAUUGGGUGUCUAGAAUUUUAUUUAUGUAUUAUUUAUUUAUUUUUUGUUUAGUAGUGUUUAAUGUUUUUGAAUUCUAAACAUGAGGCUUUCAACAUUCCUAGUAGGAGUAACUGUGUAAAAAAUCAUAUUGUAAUCUAUAUAUUACAACACCAGCUAUGAAAGCAUAUCUGCUAGUUUUUUUUUAGGUGUAGGUCACUGUGCUGUCCAUCUGAAAAUAAAAUUUGUAGAACCGGUUCAGCUUUGUGCGGAAAAGGUAGUGUUAUGGCCUUCUCAGCGAUGGUCCAGUCCAAAGCUCUUCAUUGAGGAGAAUUGAGUAUCUGAUGUGCAUGCAGGGUUAAGAACGACACUGUACAUUGCUAGGGUAAGAGGCCAGGGACCCUGCACCCAGACCACUUUAUUGAGAUGAAGUGGCAUGGGUGACUAUAGUUUCCUAAAAUAAGCACCAGCAUUUGGCGAUUUUCCGACUUUGGAAGUUCUAUUCUUCUUCUUUUAUUUAUUUUUUAUUUUUUAUGACACUCAGAUUUAGAAAUUAACAGCUGGUCAGUUUUUGUUCUUGUGUAUCAUCAUUGUGUCAAUUCCUCAGUGAUAAAAUAGGUGAUUCAAAUAUUUAUGAUACUGAAGGGGAUUGAUCAAAAGCGUAGAAAAAUUAAAGUGACCAUUGUAUUUGCUGUAAUCUUUCUCUUUCACUCCCUCGUUUCCUUUUCCUUUCCGUUAUCCAAAACUUAUUUUAAAUCUAUUAAAGUGAUAAAGUGUAAGUCUAUUAAAAGUGUCUAUUACAAAUAUGCUGACGUAGAAAAUCAAACUCCAUUCACACAACCAUUCAUACCGGUCCGGCGUGAGGGUAGAGGCGUUGGUUGUAAGGAGUCUGUUUGUAACAAGAGGCCAUAGUCUCCAUAUGUCAUAUGCCCUUUGGGGGUUCUAUUCUAACUGAGUGGACAUGGCUAAGAAGUGCUAAUAGGUGUGGGACUAAAAUAUCUCCCAUGCAAUGGCAGUAGUGAUAGGAGAAGCCAUCUGGUCCCAUAGAUUUAUUCUUGGGAAGUGAACUUUGCAAUCAAAUUGCAGGUUGCAACUUCAGAUAUUGGGAUAUUCCCUUUGUUGCUGGGGGAGAGUAAAAUUGGGCAGUAAUGCUUGCAUUCCCUACAUUGCGAUAAUGUGGGUGGGGCGGGCCCUAGAGGCUAUGUCCCUUUGACAAGCUGCAUGGUUAGCCUCUGCAUAGUCUUCAGGACAAUGCAGUAAGUGCUUCCUGGAUGGUCCUAGUGCUCCCUGCAGAGCGCGAGUGCAUCUAAUAAUAUGCUUAUGUUCAGAGGCGGCUCUAGACUUUAAGGCCUUAGGCGAAAUUCAAGCAUGAGGCCCCACUAACAUCCAAUGUAUAAAAUAAUAGGGUUGUAUUGUGUGUGUGUGUGUGUAAGGAGCAUUCGCUAUAUUGAAAGGCGGGCUUGCAGUGUUGGAUACAGAGAGUCAGUCUUUGCAUUCGCCCCUGCAUUGUGAGCUCUCUGGCUGUAGUUGAAGCAUAAUUUGCAAACAAAAUUAAUUUGCAAUAAAUUUUAAUUUGCAAUUAUGCCAAUCUUUUAUACACAAUUGUGGGGUAUGGUUGCAUAGCCUGUCAGUCGUGUAUAUAUAAAGUAUGGUGUGAAGGGGUUAUCGAAAACAGAAAUUAAAAUUUAGCUUGACCAAGAAAGCUUUUAAAAAAUCAUUUGCCAAAUAAUAAAGUGUGUAUGAUGUAUGUCUUCUGUGACAGACAGAGUAAAGGGUACCAGUGGCAGGGAGAGUGUGACAGGAAAAAGGAGGCAAAUGGCACAGGGUGGGGGGUUGUGAGAAAGAAUGAGGUCAGAUGAGUAUUACAUGGUUUGAUGAAGGAGUGUGACAGGGUGAGUAGAGGUAAGUGUGUCAGGGCAAUAGUGGCAUGGUAGGUUGGUUUUGGGGUGAAGGGUGAAUGUGGCAUGAUUGUAGAAGGGAGUUUGACAGGAUUAAGGGAGGUUAAUGUGACAGGGUGCGUGUGGAAGAGUGUGACCGGAUUAGACACAAUGUGAUGGGAUAAGUGUGGCAGGGUUGGGAGGAGAGUGACAGAGUGAGAGAAGGUGAGUGACAGAAUUAAGGGGGUUAAUUUGACAGGGUGAGUGGCAGAGCGAGGGGGGGUGAGAUUAACAGGAUUAGAUGUUGAUAAUGUGAGUAUGGAUGCGUGAAGAGGCUGACAGUGUGUGUGUGAGGGGGGUGAUACUGGGAGGGAGGAUGAGGGUAAUACUGUAAGUGGGGGAAUACUGGGAGGGAGUGGGGUGUUAGUGUGAGGCAGGUGGGAUACCGUGAGAAGGGGGAUACUGAAAAGGAGGGGGUAAUACUGUGAGGGGGCGAUAGUGAGAGGGUGUGGGUAUACUGGAAGGGAGGGGGUGAUAGUGUGAGGCAGGUGGGAUACUGGGAGGGAGGGUAAUAGUGUGAGGGGAAUACUGGGGAAUAGUGUGGGAGGGUAUACUGGGAGGGAGGAGGGUGAUAGUGUGAGGCAGGUGGGAUACUGUUAGAGGGGUUAUACUGAAAGGCAGUGCGGUAAUACUGGGAGGGAGGGAGGAAGGGGCGAUAUUGUGAGGAAGUGGGGGGAUACUGGUAGGGAGGGGUGAUUUGAUGGAGGGGGUAUACUGGGAGGGGGUGAGGGUGGGGGGGUGAUGGUGUGAGGGGGGGUGAUGGUGAAGGGGUUGCAGGGAGGGAGGGGGUAUACUGGGAGGGCAGUGAUAGUGGAGGGGUAACAGAGAGGGAGGGGUUAUUGGGAGGGCGUGAUAGUGAAGGGGUAACAGAGAGGGAGGGGGUAUAUUGGGAGGGGGGAUGAUAGUGAGCGGAUUACUGGGAGGGGCUGAUAGUGAAGGGGUCACAGGGAGGGAGAGGGAUAUAGUGAAGGAGUUACUGGGAAGGGGUACACUGGGAGGAAGGUGAUAGUGAGGGGGAUACUGGAAGGGAGGGUGUAAUGGUGGUGUGGGAUGGGGUUAGAUUAAAUAACUUAUUUAAUUCCCUGGUGGUCAAGUGUGCGCUCCCUGGUAAUCCUGUGGCCUCCCUGGUGAUCCGGGAGUGUGCAGAGCUGCAGACCAUGUAUCUCGCGAGACCCGGCCAGAGUGUUGCUGUGGUAACCUGCGGCAAUGCUCUGAUUAGCUAGAUCUUGCGAGACACAUAGUCUGGAGCUCUGCACACUGCGGAGCUGCAGACCAGCGGCCACGGGCGCUCUCCUCCUGGGCAGACAGCACAGAGGCGCCCCGCACCUGGCGGCAUACUGAGCAAGCCACUGCGCCCCCUCCUGGUGUCGGAUCCUUGGUCACUGACCGAGGACCAGACACAGUCUGCCCUAAUGCAGUUAAUGCGGCCGCGAGGCCCCAAACAGCGCGAGUCCUUAGGUGGCCGCCUAAUUAGAGAGACGCCUCUACUUAUGUUGUACUGCCAAGGAAACGGUUCCCUGGUGUCCUCAGAAAACCUAUCUGUUGUGGUGGUUAAGUCGGACCCCAAGAUUGCAGAAGCUUCAGGCCUUCACCUGUAUGGGAUUCCAUGGUUUUGUAGUGAUUUUGUGAUGGAAGGAUGGUCGCCACUGAAAGAUUUGUGAAGAUUGCCAUGUUUUGAAAUGGCUCAGGUAAGGUCGGCAUUCCUCCUCGCCGUCAUCAUGUUUGCCUCCUUGUUGAGAUAGUAUAAGAGGUGCAUGAUCAUAUUACACAUCCCUCAGGGAAACCAUACUGGGUCUGAUGCGGUUGGUCAACAUUUGAGAUAAACACUGCGUUUUUGACUCUCGACUGUCUGUUGCACGUGGCAGAUGCCAUGGCCAAACAAAAUGAGUAAUAAAUACAUCAAAGGUUGUUGAAGUAAAUAUAUCAAUUGUUUUCGAUGUUGCAUUAUCAUGGCAAUAGAUUUCCAGAUUGAAGGAGCUCAGCUCACAUUUGUCUUCUAUAUUCUUCACGGACAAAGUCGGGCUUUUUUUUUUUUCUUUCUCAAAAUCAUGUAUUCCAGGCAAAAAAAUGUUUUGACUAGACUUAACAUUUCAUAAAACCUCUUUCUGACACAACGUGAUUUAAUAUUUUUCCAGUUGAAUUCGUUAAUGAAUAGGAAAUUGUGAAAAACAUCCACUAAUGCUGCCAGGUAAACAAAGGAUUGUCGAGGACCAGCUGUCUUUGAUUUUGGGAGUGCUGAGUAAAAUGUACAGUUUGCACUUUAUUCUAAUCACAAGUCCUCAUCAGUUAGUAAUCUGUCCAGACUGUUUGAUUUGAGAACCUUUUUAAAAUGACUAUAAGGGGACACAAACAUGGAAAAGACAUUUUGUACGCACACUUAAAGCUGUGUAAAAACGGCUACUUUGACAGUGUUAAACAGUAUUGCAUGUGGUAAAUGUGAUCUAUAAAUACUGUUUUGAAGAACACACUAAAAGAAAACUCCAAGUACCAUAAACAUGACACAGUGCUGUAGUAGUUAUGGUGCCUCUAAAAACAAGUCACAGUUGCUAAAGUAAACUUCUGGCCGGAAAGGAGGCUGACACAGGCACUGGUAAGAAGUCAAACUGUUAGCAAAUGGUGGGUGAGGGGGUGAUGACCACGAAUAGCAUUUUGACCAACUAUGAAUUCAAGUUUAAUUACCAGAUUAGCAGAGAAGUAGCGCCUUCGUGUCACUCAAUGCGUUAAAUAUGUAUCCCACCUCAGAAUGUUCCAAGUUACACAAAACCUAACAUGCCGUAUUCUGCCCUUAUGGAAUGAAUGAAUGAAAUUCUUUGCUAAUCUGUUUUUAUGAGGAUUAUCUAAUGUGUGCGCUAUCUGUUAAAGUGCCAGGAGGGACUGUGUUUGCCAAGUUAAUGUAGUGUCAAAUCAAGGGUAGGCUAUUAAAGAAUUCCACAGACAUGAUUUAUGUGAUUCAUAUUUGUAAACUCUAAAAGUCUUAUAGAUUGGAUUGCUGUGCGUUUGCAACCAAUUUACACAAUGUCUACUGAGAUAACGAACUUGUAAAAUGUAAGACCAUAUAGGCUGUGUAAGGCAAGUAGAUUGCAAGCUCCUCUGCAAAACAAUUAUAUUGCUCAUUUGUUAUAUUUGAACUUGAGAAGGGUUAGAAACCAGAUAGAUUUCAGUGAAAUUCAAUUUAAAGGGACAUAGUCACUAGAACCACUGCAGCUUAAUGUAGUGAUUAUGAUGACUAUAGCAUGUCUCUGCACCUUUAGCACUGUAAAAGGUCUUUUCAGAGAGAAGGCAGUGUUUACAUUGCUGCCAUGGACACCUCUAGUGGCAUUCAAUCAGACGGCUCUUGAAGUAUGCACUCUGCAUGGAGACGCUAAAUGUUCCCCAUAGAGAUGCAGUGAUUCUGAGGAGAUGCUGAUGGGGAAAAAUUGGAUUCGCUGAGAUUUUCAAAACUAAUGAUCUCAGCCAUGGAGGUGGGGAGAAAUCACCUUUAAUCUCCAGAGAGAGGGGGGCCAGGGGCUUAAUGCUGUAUUCCAGCAAUAUAAUGUCAGUAUUCUAGAGCAAACACUCUUAUACACUAGAAAAGGAAUUUGAAGUUGUUCUUUUUUGGCAAUUUUACAAAGUCAGGUAGCAUACCUCACAAGUGUCCCUAUUUAGGCGGGGCAGUUCUUAUUUGGGGUGCAUAUGCAUCUCCUGGUCCUUGCGAGGACCUCCCGAUCAAAUGGACGGCAUAGCCGUCCACAUCAGUGUCAGCAGGGGGAGUGCCCGGAAUGACAGGUACUUCCCCCUGCUGCCUGAAUAUAUAUUUUGUAUAAUCUUAGUGUAUAUAUACGCAUACACUGUCUAAGUGUAUUUUAAUAUUAAUAUAUAAAUAUCAAAAUACACGUAGAAUAUUGAUAAAAUAUAUAAUUAUAUUUAUAAAUGUAGAUAAAUAUUACCUAGGAAGGUCACUCUUAUGGAAAGUGACCACUAGGUUUAAAUCCCAGUCCACUCUAAGGUCUUAAGAAAAAUAACAAACUUUAUUAAUAACUCUUAAAAAAAUACUGAGGCAGGUAUGUAAAUGUAGCCUAAUGAAAAAAGGCAAAAAAUCUGAGAAGUACUUAAUAGCAGCAAAGAUUCCAAUACAAUAUAAAAGACCUUUCCCUCCCACAGUUCUUUUGUAUCCCCCCUAAAGUUCAUCAUUGAAUAAUUCCCGGCCGGUGCUCCGUUUCUGCCUGGGCGGCGCUUCCUGCUUUAUUCCUGUUUUAGCGGUGUCGUCAUUACGCACGCCGCAUGCUUUUAAUCUUGCGUUCCAGGAACCCGGAAGUAGAUGUUGAUCGUCCGUUUUCGGGAAUUUUCAAUUGCCCAGAAGAUGCCAUGAAUAUAUAUAGGUGGAUAAAUGGACAGGGGAGGAAAACAAUGGAAAAAAAACUCUGGAUGGCACAACAUGAAUAUACUUAUAUCAAUAAAAAAUAUAUUAAUACAUCGAUGCAAGAAUAUAUCCAUUGACAACCUGUUUUUCGUUCUAUUAGAGGUGAAAAGGCCUCCAAAAAAUAUAAAAAAUAUAUAGCUGGUAAAUGUAAACUUACCUGUGAGUCUCUUCAUUUACCUGUCAGAGCACUCUGAUUGGAUGGCUUAAGCCAACCAAUCAGAGCACUCUGAGCCGAAUAGCAUGGCGUGAGAAGGCUUUAUAAGCCUUUUCCCGCCCUCCGGAACUCAGUCUGUGCCGUGCCCUCCAUGGGUGAAGAUGGAUUAAUUUUUUGCGUAGUUUUAUUUUUUAAUUUUUUGCGGGGGGUGGGGGGUGACUAGGGGCUUAGGGACUGCUAGUCACCUUUGGGGGGGGAGGGGGAAUAAUUUUAUUUAGGGCCCCCACCCGCUGCUCAGGGGUGGGGGCUGGGGAAGAGGACAAUAGGGCCCCCACCUGCCGCUCAGGGGUGGGGGAGGACAAUAGAUCGUCCCCCCCCCAUUGUUAUUUAGGGGGAGGACAAUAGGUCCCCCACCCACCGCUUAGGGGUGGAGGACAGUAGGUUCCCCCCCCCCCCCACAUUCUCCUUAAUAUUCCCCACUCGCGCGGGGCACGGGUGGGGGCUUGGGAGGGGGGAUAUUAGGUUUUUUUUUGUUAGAUUUUUAACAGUGAGCAGCCUCAGGCUGCUCACUGUUUAAUAGACAUGCCCCUACUCUCGAUAUAGGGGCAGAAUUUUCUUGGUAUUAGUAAAUUUGUCUGAAAGACCGUGGGAAUUCAUUCAUUCAGAUUAAAUUCUGAUUCGAACAAAGUCCCGAAUUGCGUCCUAACACGAAUGGAGAAACAGUUCUCAUUCUGUUAUGACGCAAUUUCGCCGGCGUUCUGUCUAAGUGACAUGACGUUCGGGAAAAGUGGAAGGAGGCUUCGUGGGGACACGGAGGAUAGGUGAGAAUUGUGGGAAAAUGUCUGACCACCGAAAAUGAAGCACACUUUGCUCCUCUGCUGGUCAGAGAUGGUCAGGCGUAGGAAACCUCCGUAAAACAAGUAGUCCCUACUUUGUCUUAUGUUUUAACCCUUUAAGGACAUAUGACAUGUGUGACAUGUCAUGAUUCCCUUUUAUUCCAGAAGUUUGGUCCUUAAGGGGUUAAAGAAAACUAGAGCAGACAGGAAGAAAUGAAGAACAGAUCAUGAGAGAGGCAGUAGUGGAUCCAGAGCCUGAUCUCGGGAGGGGCACUUGUAGAUUAUUUAAAGAAAUAAUCCAGACACAAUAACCACUACAGCUCAGUGUAGUGGUUAUGGUGUCAAUAGUGCGGGGACCCCCUCCCAGAGUAAGUAGUCAAACCGUUUAAGAACAGUUUGACAACUUACCUGAGGUCUGUUGGAAAAUGGGGCUGUAGUAGGACAUAGGAGCAGUGGUGUGUGUGUGUGAGGGGGACAGUGUGUGAGCAGUGUGUGAGUGAAGGUGGCAGUAUAUGAUAGGGGUGCAGUGUGUGUGUGUGUGUGUGUGUGUUAGGGGUGCAGUGUGUGUGUGUGGGUCAGUAUUUGUGUGUGACAUUUGCAGUGUGUGUGUGUGUGUGUGAGGACUGCAGUGUAUGUGUAGGGCAGUGUGUGUGUGUAUGGGGAGCAGUGUGUGUAUUAUUAUUAUUAUUAUUAUUGUUAUUAUUUUAUUAUUUAUAAAGCGCCAUCAUUGUUACAUAGUUACAUAGCUGAAAAGAGACUUGCGUCCAUCAAGUUCAGCCUUCCUCACAAAUGUUGCUGUUGAUCCAAAAGAAGGCAAAAAACCUGGUCUGAAGCGCUUCCAAUUUUGCCACAAACUAGGAAAAAAUUCCUUCUUGAGCCCAAAAUAGCAGUCAGAUGUCUCCUUGGAUCAAGCAGCUAUUACCCCACUAAUUAGAAAUUAUAUCCCUGUAAAUUAUGUUUUUGUAAGUAUUUAUCCAAUUUCAGUUUAAACAUCUGUAUGGACUGUGACAAAACCACCUCUUCAGGCAGAGAAUUCCAUAUCCUUAUUGUUUUUACUGUAAAAAAACCUUUUCUUUGCCUUAGAUUAAAUCUCCUUUCUUCCAGCCUAAAUGUGUGACCUCGUGUCCUAUGUAUAGCCCUGUUUAUGAAUAGAUUUCCAGAUAAAGAUUUGUACUGGCCCCGAAUAUAUUUGUAUAAAGUUAUCAUAUCCCUUUUCAGGCGCUGUUUUUCCAAACUAAACAGAUGUAAUUUUUUUAAAGGACCACUAUAGUGCCAGGAAAACAUACUCAUUUUCCUGGCACUAUAGUGCCCUGAGGGUGCCCCCACCCUCAGGGACCCCCUCCCGCCUGGCUCUGGAAAGGGGUAAAAACUUACCUUUUUCCAGCGCCGGGCGGGGAACUCUCCUCCUCCGAUCCUCCUCCUGGGCUGAAUGUGCACACGCGGCAAGAGCUGCGCGCGCAUUCAGCCGGUCGCACAGGAAAGCAUUUACAAUGCUUUCCUAUGGACGCUGGCGUGCUCUCACUGUGAAAAUCACAGUGAGAAUCACGCAAGCGCCUCUAGCGGCUGUCAAUGAGACAGCCACUAGAGGCUUUGGGGGAAGGCUUAACCCAUUAAUAAACAUAGCUGUUUCUCUGAAACAGCUAUGUUUGUUAAAAAAUGGGUUAACCCUAGAAGGACCUGGCACCCAGACCACUUCAUUAAGCUAAAGUGGUCUGGGUGCCUAGAGUGGUCCUUUAACCUUUCUUCAUAACUAAAAUGCUCCAUUCCUUUUAUCAAUUUUGUAGCUCGUCUCUGGACCCUCUCCAGUGCCAUGAUAUCCUUCUUUAGAACAGGCGCCCAAAAUUGCACAGCAUAUUCAAGUUGUGGUCUUACCAGCGAUUUAUAAAGAGGCAAAAUUAUAUUUUCAUCCUGAGAAUUUAUGCCCCUAUUUAUACAUGACAAAAUCUUACUGGCCUUAGCAACUGGAGAUUGACAUUGCAUAUUGCUACUUAAUUUGUUGUCUAUAACAAUUCCCAAAUCCUUCUCGUGUGUGGUUAGGGGUAAUUCACUACGAUUUAGUGUAUGUUGCUUGUGUAUUCUUAACCCCGUAGUGCAUAACUUUGCAUUUCUCUAUGUUAAAUUUAAUCUGCCAUUUUAGUGCCCAGUCCCCCAAUCUAUCCAAAUCUCUCUGCAGCAAAGCAAUAUGCUGCUCACAUUUUAUUACUUUACAAAGUUUUGUGUCAUCUGCAAACACUGAUACAUGGCUUUCAAUGCCUAUUUCAAGAUCAUUUAUAAAUAUGUUAAUUAGAAGUGGUCCCAAAACAGAACCCUGAGGGACACCACUUACCACUUUUGUCCAGCCUAAAAAUUUACCAUUAACGACAACUCGUUGUACUCUAUCCUUAAGCCAAUGUUCAUCUAGACCACUUUCUUUUAGUUUGAAGACUAACCUAUUGUGAGGAACCGUAUCAAAUGCCUUGGCAAAAUCCAAGUAGAUCACAUCCACUGCAACACCCUGAUCCAUACUUCUACUUACUUCUUCAUAGAAUGCAAUUAGGUUAGUUUGACAUGACCGAUGUUUCAUAAAACCAUGCUGAUUAUUGCUAAUAACAAAGUUCCCAAUUAAUUCCUGAAUAUUAUCCCUUAAUAGCCCUUCAAAUAUUUUCCCAGUUACAGAAGUUAAGCUCACAGGUCUAUAAUUUCCAGGCAAGGAUUUUGAACCCUUUUUAAAUAUAGAAACAACAUCUGCCUUCCUCCAAUCCUCCGGUACAACACCUGAAACAAAAGAAUCUUGACAAAUUAAAUACAGAGGUUCACUUAUUUCCCCACUUAGCUCCUUAAGUACUCGUGGGUGAAUACCGUCAGGCCCGGAGCUUUAUUUAUAUAAUUUUUUUUUAAUAGCUGUAGCACCUUGUCUUGAGUUAUCCAAUCACAAGUUAUUUGCAAGUUUUUUGCAGCAAUCAUUUGCAUAUCUCUUGCCAUAGGAUCCUCAUUAAUAUAUACUGAAGAAAAAUAGUUAUUUAAAAUUUCUGCUUUUUCCUGGUCUUCAUUAGCUAAUAAACCCAACUCUGUUUCAGUUGUACCUACACUUUCAUUUUUUGUUUUUUUAGAAUUGAUGUACUUGAAAAAAUGUUUGGGGUUGGUUUUGCAUUCUUUAGCUAUCAAUUUCUCAUUUUCUAGUUUAGCCACUUUAAUUGCCUUUUUGCAAGCGUUAUUGGCUUCCUUAUAUCUUAAAUAGGAUGCCUUUGAUUUGUCUGAUUUAAAUGCUUUAAAUGCCCUUUUCUUAUUUUUAAUCUCUUGUUUUACUUCUCUACUAAGCCACAUUGGUUUUAAUUUGUUUCUUUUAUAUUUAUUACCCAAUGGUACAUACUGAGAAAUGUACCUUUCUAAUAUUUGUUUGAAUAGUUUCCAUUUAUUCUCAGUGUUUUUAUCACUAAGGAGUUUAUGCCAGUCGAUAUGUUGUAGAGCUGCCCUAACCUUAUUGAAAUUGGCUUUUUAAAAAUUAUAUGUUUUAGUAUACCCCACUUGCUUUUGCUUUUUUGAGUUUAUUUAAAAAAUUACCAUAUUGUGAUCACUAUUUCCCAAAUGCUCCCCUACUUGAAUGUUGGUUAAAAGAUCAACAUUGUUUGUUAUGACAAGAUCCAGACAAGCAUCCUUUCUAGUUGGUGCUUGUACCAGUUGUGACAUAAAGGUGUCAUUUAACACAUUCAAAAACCUGAUGCCCCUUGCUGAAGUACUAGUCCCUCUUUCCCAAUUUAUGUCUGGAUAAUUAAAAUCUCCAAUAAUUAACGUGUUACCUCGACUUGCAGCUUUCUCGAUUUGCUCUAACAGCUGUUCUUCCUCAAUAAUAUUUACAUUAGGUGGUUUAUAACAUAUCCCAACAAAUAAUUGAUUUCCCUUUUUUUGCCCCAAGCAGAUAUCUACCCAUAAAGCCUCCACCUUUUCCUCGUCACACUCCACAUGCCUAAGAUUUUACUUUAACGCAUGGUUGACAUAUAAACAUACCCCACCACCCUUCUUGUUUUUCCUAUCCUUCCUAAAUAACGUGUACCCAUUUAAAUUAACUGCCCAGUCAUGUGUCUCAUCCCACCAUGUUUCUGUUAUGCCUAUUAUAUCAUAUUGUUUAGUGUAUGCUAUUGCCUCUAGUUCCCCCAUUUUGUUAUAUAAGCUCCUUGCAUUAGUAAGCAUACAUUUAAUAUUAUCAUGAGUCUUUUGUACUUUUUGUGAAUUAUCAAUAUUACAUACCUCCUCUGUUCUGAGCUUUCCCCUCCCCCCAUUUCCACCCCCUUUGUUCUGAGCUAAAGCCCAUCUCCUUUCCAUCCUAUCUCCAUUUUCUAGAUUGCUUUGACCCUCCCCCCCUACCACUAGUUUAAAAUCUUCUCCAACUUUCUAGCCAUCCUAUCCCCUAGCACAGCAGACCCUCUUCCGUUUAGGUGCAAUCCAUCAUGACUAUACAGGUUGUACCCAAGCGCAAAAUCGUCCCAGUGCUCUAAAAACCCAAAUCCUGCACCAAGACUUUAGCCACGCAUUGACCUCUCUAAUCUCCUGCUGCCUUUCUGCUGUAGCGGGCGGCACAGGUAAUAUUUCUGAAAAAAUUACCUUGGAGGUCCUUUUUCUUUAGCUUACUUCCUAGUUCCCUAAACUCAUUCUUUAGGACCUUCCAUUUUCCUCUGACUUUGUCAUUGGUACCAAUAUGGACCAUGACAGCUGGGUCAUCUCCAGCCCCUCCCAAUAAUCCCUCCACUCUGUCGGCAACAUGCCAGACCCGAGCACCCGGGAGAGAGCAAACUGUCCGGUUGAGUCGAUCAGAGUGGCAGAUUACCCUAUCUACUCUCUUAAUAAUAGAGUCCCCUACCACCACAACCUGUCUAGACUUCCUUACCCUCUCAACCCCACCUGUACUAGAGGAGCUGUUUCCACGGCUGUUAGCAGGAACAGCUUCCUGCAGUACAGCUAGUCCUGAGCUGAUGCUCCCAACAUCUUCACUCAAACGGGCAAAUCUGUUAGGCUGCAUGAGAUCAGGACUAGCUAAACCUUUUCUCUUCCCUCCCCCCAUGCUUCCUCGCCCCACUGUCACCCAGCUACGUGCCUGUUCCUUAUCUGUCUUAUCUCCUCCCUCUCCACUACCUGACCCCACUAAACUCUGCUUAGUGAGCCGCAGACUCCUCUCAAGAUUGUCAAUCUCCCUCAGUGUUACAAUUUGCCUCACCCGAUCUGUAAUCUGAGUUUCCAGAAAUGCCACUCGCUCACACCCACCACAGAGGUAUGGACCCUGGACAGAAUCAUCCAGGCAUGCAUACAUGCGGCAUGAUGUGUGCACUGAGUAAAACUCGCAAUCUUGCUAGCACUCAUCCCCAGUUACCAAAAGCACAAGUGAGCAAAACAAUAUUUACCCUCUUGGUUUAAACUCCCUUGUAGAUUCAACUCCUGUUGUUUUAACUCCUACUUAAAAGAGACUACUUGAAAUAGCCUACUUUCAAGCAAACUCCAGUGAGCAAGCUCUGUGAGUCAGUAGUGGGUUUAUUUUGGCAAUACAAAUCCCACAUAGGUGGAAAUUAAGGGGCACUCCCCCUAAUUAGCUCAGCAGCAGCACCCAGAAGGAGGGGAAUAGAAACAACAAGAGAGGGGGAAAAAAAGGGAGGGAAAACGUUUUAAAUAACACCAGCAAGGUCAGAUCAGAUUCCAUAGCGUUGUACAAAGGGUAUGGGGGCAGUGUGCAUGUAUGGGGGGUAGUGGGUAUGGGGGCAGUGUGCAUGUAUGGGGGGUAGUGUGUGUGUGUUUAUGGGGGGUAGUGUGUGUGUGGUGGGGGGAAGGGGACAAUGUGUUUUUUGUGAUUAUAAAAAAGCCCCCUACCCUUCUUAUCACACACAUUGCUCCCCUCCCGCCCCCCCACACACACACACAUACACUGUCCCCAUACAUACAUAAUAAUUAAAUGUAAAAAAAACACAACACAUAUAAAAAAAGCCCCCCAACCCUUGGAUGUUUUUUUUUUUUUUAUUUAGUUAAAACAAAUAUUCUUUAUGACAUUUAUCCCUGGUGGCCUGGUGGUCCCAGUGGUGGUGAGGUGAACUCUAGCCCGUAGCUCCAGGGCUAGAGUUCACUCUCGCGAGAUUUGGAGCGUUGCCGUGGUAACCACGGCAACGCUCCGUGCUCACGAGAGUAGGACCUGCAGGCUGAGCUCCUGGGUCCUCUCUCCCUCCCCUGCCGGCUGCCAGGAUAGUGCCUGCGGACCAGGGAGGGAGAUUUCUAAACUCCCUCCUUGGUCCACAGGCACAUUGCAGGGCUGGCACUUGGUCAAUGCCAGCCCUGCAUUAGCCGGCAGGGGAGAAUCUUGGGAUCUGCCACUGGAGAGAGGGAGAGAAGAGGAAUCGAUUAAAGAAAGAUGAGUUUAGCAUGAGAGUGCCGCUUUAAGGGGUUUUUGUUUUUUUAAUUCAUUAAAAAUAAUUGUGUAAGAUACAUUGUCCAUGUUCUACAUUACAGUUUUGUGUGCAUAAAUUGUUAUUAGUAUGUCACAUAAGAAAGUAUGAUGUAGAAAUGCACUAACCUUUACUUCACUUAAAUUAUUUUUAUUAACUUUAGCUUUAAAUUAUGCAAAUUGAAAUUACAGCCUUUAUAAGACAGAAGGGAUCGCAAUAUGUGCUUUCUUGCAGUUCCAUAUGCUGAUCACAUGCGCUUGCAUAAAUCUGGUCAUCUUGUGGAGCUGCCAUAGAAUUUAUCUUUUUUACUGAGGGCCUGAAUGAAAUUUAUUGUAUGUUGAAUGCUACUGCCUGACCUGAGGGCACAGAUCACGUCAAUAUCCAUCAUUGGUGGCUUUUAUUAGGUGAUCUUAAAAACAAGUUUCUAAUUAAACAUUACAGCAUGAACGCUUUUGAGUUGCGCUUUGUUUUAGAUAGGUGAUAGCUGAUAGGUGUAAUGUAAACCUGACUGGUCUAUGCUGUGCACCGCGUUGGCUGUACUGCUACGCAAUUCUGAGUGGAUGAUGUGAGCUCAUUUAACUGUAUUUUUGUCUCCUAAUGCUGACUGCUUUCUGUUUUCCAGGUGGAUCACGCCAAGGUGCUACAUUAUAUUGGGGCAGGUGUUGCGUUCCCGACCAGCAUGCUGUUCAUCUUCCUUCAGUCCAUCCUGACGUACCGCAUGGCGCAUGCUCAAUGGUACUGUUGGAUUGGGCAUGUUCGCUGUAUUCUUACCCUGUUCGGUUUAAUUAUUCUUGUUCUCAGUAUCCUUUACACAAGUGAUCUUAAUAACUAUUCAGUUUUGGUGUAUGAGCAAGCAGAAAAGUGGUUUCCUUCAGAUACGUAAAGAUAAGUCAAUAUUCAAUUCUACACAGUUUUGUGUUCCACAAUCCGGAAGUGGCAUGACUUGCUCCAAAGACUCUGAAUUCACUGUUGGUUCUCUGGUACACGGAUCAUUUAUUGAUACUAGGUGUAGUGAUGUUGACUGAUGUGCACGUACACAUUUAGUUCCUCUCACUUUGAGGAGUCAUAAUCACUUUUUAGUCUAGACCAGGGGUUCCCAACCCAGUCCUGAAGAACCCCCUAACAGUCCAGGAUUAGGGAUUACUUAAGUGUUUUUAGAAAGAUAAAAUAAAAUAAAAACACUUUAGAUACAACAGGGUAAUCCCUAAAUCCUGCGCUGUUAGGGGGUACUUGAGGACUGAGUUGGGAACCCCUGGUCUAGACUGACCACCUUUCUAUGGGAAAAAUCAAUUUCGGAUCCUCAUUCCUUGUACACACACACACAUAAAGGGAAUGUCUUUGCACUGCUAACUUAACAAUAUUUCCAGGUGUUAAUGAUCUUCAAAAGACACCUUUCAGUUAAAAGGCUUUAUAUCAAAUAAUCCACCCAAGUGAUUGUAACGUGUGCACAAAACUAAAGCUUGAAAACUGAUCAGGGAAUCUUGCUGUAUUCCGUUUAAUUACGUGUUCAUACACUUUUUAUAGACAUCUUGUUCUCAUAACGUUUUUUGGUGUUCUGUCCAACAUGGACGACAAGAGCUUUAGUCAGUGUGGCUUGAAGACAGUGUGUGAUACAUUUGUGCCAUUGAGAUAAUGCCUGCCUUUUUAAUAUAAAAGUCAAUAGCCAAGAACAAUAGAGUAAUUACCUUUUAACUCUGUCCAGCAGAACUUUUGUCUCUUUAGUAAAUAAAAAAGAUCAACAGCAUAAUGAUAGUGGAUGCAGCUAUGUGCAGGCCCAUCUCCUAGUCAUAUUCUUGUUGAUUCCAGUAUUUUCAUUCCUUUCUGGAAAAUGCCUUCACUUCCACAUUAGAGCAACAUUAUGCUGGGGAAAAUCUCAUCCACACUAGAUAGACUUCCAGAGAUUAAUCAUUCCAGUCAACCUACACUGCAGGAAAAGGUGUGCAAUGCAAUGGAUUCAUGUGGAACAAAGGUUGUACAAUGCUCCAGAAUGGUUUUACCACCUCCUAGCUCCAGUAUUCAAUGGGAAUUGUUCUACAUAAUUUUGUUUGAGGACUUCCUUUGGUGGAAUAAUAGAUGAAAAAUUCAGGUUUUCCAUCAAGUCUGUGCAACCAUAAAAUGUGUAGGUCUGUCCUAUUCUUUAGUAUUGCAAACACCGCCAACACAGAAUUUCUUAUUAUAUCCGGAGUGAUUUUUAUUGUAUCCUGAUUUAAUGCUAUGUGAUCCUGAAAACUGUAUAUGUGAAUGCAUGUGUGGCAAUUGCUGCGUUCUGCCUGAAAGAAUUUUUUAUUUUUUUUCACUUCCACUUUGAACUACUACUCAAAAGUGAUUCCAACAGGAAACUCUCCGAGCAUUCUGCUUGACCGCAGGGGGAGGUUACUAUGACUAUUUACAGAAGUUUGAUUUCUCUUGAAAUUUGCACUUUUCAUGAACAUGCAGUUAACCCCUAAAACACUAGAGCGAGCUUUUUAUAGUGUGAGCCAAAAUAAGUCCACAUGAGUUUGAUUUACUCCAUGGAUGUUGGUUUAAAGUUUCUUAGAACUGCAUAUUGUGUAUGUGAUUCCAUUGGCCAUCUUUACAGUAUACUUUUUUUUUUUUAAACUGUAUUACUGCGUUUAUCAUCAAAUAACCAUUUUUAUACUUCCAAUGCCUUAACAUCGGUAUGACCAUUCCCCCAAUAACCUUUUUUGUAUGGAACAUACAGGCGUGAUCUAGACAAUCGUUAAACACGCUUUUACUUUUUAACAAAGUAUGUGACACAUUGCUGGUUUAAUAUUAUAGCUCCUGGAAAUAAGUUAUUAGAUUAUCAAUUUUAUAGUUCUUAAGCAAAGCCUACAGAGCGAAACAAAAGGUUUGCUAGUCUUUACCCUUGAUUCUUUACACAAUGUCAUGAGACCGUCCUCUACAUAAAACAUCUGAUUUCAAAGACGCUGACUAUCUGGCAGGAAAACCGAUCUGUAAAAUAAUUACUUGAAGUGUAAUUUAGCAAAGUUUAGAACAUUGUUGCGUACACAUUCCAAAUCAGGGAAGUGUACAGCUUUUGGGGUAAACUUUCAUUGAAAUGUAAUCCAUCAUCUAAAAGGCUGUCUUAUGUUAAUUCUAUCUGUACAUGACACUUGUUACAAGAAACUGUUUCCUUGUUAAAAUAAUGUAUGCCUUAUUCGAAAUAGGGCUUGAGUCAAAUGCAGAGUUUUAGAGAAAUUUGUCCCUAUACAGCACCCUUAUUUUGAGGUUUACUUCUUUUAUCUCGUGUAACUUUUUUUUUCUUAACGCUCAACAGUUUUUAAAUGUCUGCCUUGACCACUGGUACUCCCCGUUAUGCGCUGUCAUUAGGCCUCCAAUUUAGAGCAUUUGCAAUGUCCUGUCUGUCUCCUAUAAAUUGUUUUUAUUCUGGAUGUUGAUGGAAGAAUACUGGACAGUCACGCUAUAACUUCAUGUUGCAAAACAAAUGUGUGAUCUAAUAUUACUGCUCAUAUACAAUGUGGUACACUGCUAUAAGUGUCCUAAGAUGUAAUCUGUCUAGUCCUUUUAGAACACUACAGUUGUGAAUUGAAAACCUUUAUGUAGAAAACAAAUGGCCACCUUCUCCAAACAUAGACUGCUGUUCUCAAACAAUGGUGGAAACUUUAUGGAGCACAGUAGUCUGACAUCAAUAGUUACACGUAAAUCCACGUAAUUGUUAGUGGUGGUACAUGUUAGCGAAUUAUUAAUUUUUUUAGCAAAACCCUCUCUCACAUCAAAGUAGAACAAAAAUAUUCGCACCCUAUUGGUCAGGAAUACUUUGGGCUUGAGCUGGAAACAGAAGCAGAAACUCCAGAUAUGCCAAUCUGCUGUCUCAGGGAGAUGGUCACAUUUGGUUAUAGAGGAAAUUCUUAAUAGCUUUAAAGGUACCAGACCUUUUCUCUAUGAACCUGCCUGCAUGGCCCACCUGCUGCAUUGUAUCAAACCAAUUUGUGACUAACACCGGUUGGUGCAAACAAGAGCCAAGAGUUCUGCUGGGCUGAGUUAAAAAGUAUUUAUUCUAUUGUUCUUGGUUAUUGACUUUUCUAUAAAAAUAAGACCAGUAUCCUGCUGAUACCAAGAGAGUGUACAGACUUACAGCUUAUAUUGAUGGCAUUGCUUGCUCAAUGUUCCUCAGUCUGCAGUAAUAGUGUUGGUAGGUUCCAGAAACACCUGGGGGUGUAAACUUGAUGACAUGUACACUAACAGGUGAAUCAAGUGCAUUAGCCUGGUGUACAUUCAUGCCAGGCUGAUCUGGCAAUUCUACAGCGUACCUGCCCCAUUUCUAGGCCAAUGGUGGAAAUAAUGUCACUGGCUCCUUCCUACUACCCCUCCAACCAGCUUCCAGCUUCUCAAUGCACUGAAUUUGAGAUGUAUGCAAUACCUAACAAACAAAAGGAAGUGCAACAAAGUAACGCUCCUGGCAGUCACUUGGUAGCCUGGUGUCCCUGAUCAUACACUUUAGGUCAGAUAACUGCUUUGUAAUAAACAUUUUUUUUUUUGAAUUUGACAAUUUUUAUUUAGCCAUGCAGCUGUGUUACAUUUGUGCUGGAAGUUUGGAUAUUCUGAUCAUGUUUACAUACAUGGUGUGGUAAUUUGGUAACAUCAUGGUAAACCUUCCAAUACUACUUAACAACUUUAGGUACAUGAAUCUUGCAGCUGCAUGUCUCAAACUUUUUUGGAGAGAAAGUAUAGUUAUAGGGGGGUAUAGAGAGGGGGGAGACAGAGAGAGGGAGGGGGGGUAGGGAGGUGCAUCCAUGGGUGUUUCUUGGAGGUAUAACCCAAGGGUUCGCAGGUGAUUUAGUAGGGGUUCUUGUAUGGUGAAGAGCUGGUGGGCGGCAAGUUUCUUCUACUUCUCAGAGUCUGAUCUUUCGUGGUUCCAGACCAGGGCUCCCCAGUCCCCCGCCACGGAUUUUGCCUUUGUCCACUAGUAAUCAAUGUGUUGCGGUAUUGUCAGCUUGUUUUAUGUAUCUAUCCCACAGUAGUUGCGCUUUAGCUAAUGCAGGCCUCGGGCCAAAUUGGAGUUGAUACAUGGCCUCAUAAGACCAGUUGAGUGCGAUUUGGUUAUUUAAAUGUGUACAUGACGGUAUGUCUUUGGAUUUCCAGUGUCUCGCUAUGAGUAUAUGUACUGAUGCUAGCGUGUGGUACAGUAUCGCUUGGUGAGCUUUGGGCAUUCUGUCGGGGAAUAUGUACAGCAUGCAUUGCGCAGGGUUUUUGUCCACUUGGUAGCCUAGUAUAUCUGAUACGAUAAGUAUGGCUUGUGUCCAGAGCGGUGCGAGUGCGGGGCAUGUCCACCAAAUGUGGAACAUCGUGCCCACUUCUUUCUCACAGCGCCAGCAUAUGUUUGUAGAGGCUGGCCAUAUUUUGUGUAUUUUUUCUGGCACUAGGUACCAACGGUAUAGUAGUUUCCGUUGUAUUUCUAGGUGUUGGGCGCAUGAUGUCAGGCCUUUGUGUGCUGAGUAAGCUUUUUUCCAUUGUUCUGGGCUUAGCUCUAUGCCUAGGUCUGUGUGCCAUGCCUUUUGGUAGUUGUCUUGGAUCGGUGGUUGGUUGUGUAAGAUUAAGUGGUAGCAUGAGGAUAGGGACUUGGCGUUGGGUUUGUUAGAAAGGCACAUGUUUUCGAACUUAGACAUUAGUUCUUGCGGUACCUUCUCAGGGGCUCUGGGAGGGUUAUGUUUUAGUAGGGACUUGAUUUGCAGGUAGGAGAAUAGGAGUUUCGCGGGUAGGUCAAAUUGUUCCUGUAAGCUAGGGAAGGUUUUGAGGUGCUCCCCAUCGUACAAUUGUAGUACAUGGGUGACGCCUUUCUCUAUCCAUGUCUUGUGGUUAAAGGUAGGGAUCAUCAGGCUGAUGGAUUGCAUUGGGGUCGCUAACGGUAUCUUUGGAUGGGUAACUAAAGUGUUCCUUACCCCGUCCCAUGUGUCUAUCAGCAACCGAGUAGUGGGGAGGCCUUGGAACGGUCUUGGUCUCCGAGCGCUAUCAGUCCAGAAAGUAUGACGUAUGUGGUCUACGUUAAGCCAAAAGGCUUCUAUUCCUGCCCACUGGGGUGUGUAAUGGGGGUCGUGUGCGGCUAACAUAGUACUUAGAAUUGCUGCCUUGUAGUAAUGGUAUAGGUUGGGGAUGCCUAGGCCGCCGUCUGUGAUCCUCCUCUGCAGGACCCUGGCGGCUACCCGGCUCUUUUUGUGUUGCCACGUAAAUUUCAGAAAUAAUGUGGUGAUCGACUUGAGGUAGGUGUUUGGUAGGGGUAUUUGUAGUGUUCGAAAGAGGUAUAGUAGUUUGGGGAGCAGUGACAUUUUGAAUGCUGCUAUGCGCCCUAGCCAUGAGAGGAACUUCCCCUCCCAUGAUUUGAGGGUGUUGUCGAUGUCUGUUAAGAGUUUAAUGUAGUUUGCGUGAUAGAGAUCUGUGGGUUUUUUCGUGAGUUUGAGUCCUAGAUAUGUUAAAUAGUCCGACCUCCAGUCUAGGGGGAACGCCUCCUUCAGUCUGUUUCUCGCCUCUUUAGUCACUCCUAUCGUUAACGCCUGUGUUUUGGAGACAUUCAAUUUAUAGUGGGAGUGGUGGCCAAAAAGUUCUAUUUGUCGCAUUAAGUUGGGCAUGGAUAUGAAUGGCUGGGUUAGGGUGAGGAGGAUGUCAUCUGCAAAUAUAUUUAGUUUGAAUUCUUUAUCUCCUAGAGGGAUGCCAUGGAUGUUCGGGUCUGACCUGAUUUUGGAUGCCAGUGGCUCCAAAGCCAGUACAUAAAGCAUGGGGGAGAGGGGGCAUCCCUGUCUGGAGCCAUUAGAGAUUUUUAUGGUCCGUGACGGGAAUCCUGCGUACAUAACUUGUGCCGAUGGGUCGUUGUAUAGUGCGUCUACCGCUGCCACGAACUUUGGGGGGAAGCCGAAUCUGUGGAGUACCCUGUUUAAGAAGGUCCAGUUGAGUCUGUCGAAGGCCUUCUCCGCGUCUAGGGAGACGAAUAGGCCACCCCUUCCCAGUUUUCUGGCGCUAUGCAUUAAGUUUAGAACUUUGCGUGUAUUAUCUGAGCCCUGUCUACCCUUCACAAAACCUACUUGGUCGUCAUGUAUGAGGUCCGGUAGGAUAGAUUUUAGUCUAUUGGCCUGAAGUUUUGCGAAGAUUUUGGCGUCUGUAUUGAGUAGGGAUAUCGGUCGGAAAUUUGGGCACGAGGUCGGGGAUUUCCCUGGUUUGGGGAGGGUGGUGAUAUGCGCUCGUAACAGUUCCGAUGGUAGUGAGUGGUUGUCUAUGGCGCUGUUAAAUAAAGUGGUCAGUGCAGGGGCCAGGACGUCCGCGUAUUUGUGAUAGUAUGUGUUCGCAAACCCGUCAGGGCCUGGCGCUUUACCCGUCGGGAGAUUUUUUAUUGUGUCCCUUACUUCUUGUUGGGUGAUAGGGGCUGAGAGAGCUUCUUUGUGCUGUUGUGAGAGGGUUGGCAAGUGGGCAUCUUGUAGGUAAAUGUCCAUCUGUGUGGGGGUUUUUAGGGGCGUCAGUGGGUCUUUCUUUAGGUUGUAUAGGGUUUCGUAAUACGUGGCAAAUUCGUCGCAGAUGUCUUUCGGGGCAACCAACUUGUUUCCUUGUGAGUCCUGUAUGUGUGCUAUUUUAGAUGUUGCCUGUCUGUCUCUGAGUUUUUGGGCUAGUAUUUUGCCCGCUCUAUUGCCCUGGGAGUAGUGAGUGGCUUUCAAUUUCCGUAGUGAGUAGCCCAUUCUCGUAAUUGCGAACUCCUGUAUUUUGUCUUGUGUAUCUGAGAUUUGGCUUUUUAACUCUGGCGAUGGGCUCGUUUGGUUUAGUUUGUUGAGGUCGUGUAGUUGUUUGUACCAUGUGACCUUUUGUGCGUGGGACGUCCGUUUGAGGAAAUGUGCUCUUUUGAUCAGUUCCCCACGUAUUACGGGUUUGUGGGCUAGCCAGGUGAUCUCCGCUGAGAUCUCUGGUGCGGUGUUUUCCUUAAAGUAGUGUUUAAGUGUGUUUUCUACGUGGUCUGCAAAAGUUUUAUCGUGUAGGAGUGUUUCGUUCAGCCGCCAGGGGCUUCUGUUGUGGCCCUCAAAUUUGUCUUUUAGUUCCAUAGUGAUAGGUGCAUGGUCUGACCACGUAAUAGUCUCUAUUGUGCAUUUGAGUACCUGUGUUAGAUGUUUUCCUUCCGUGAGGAACCUGUCAAUUCGCGUGUAAGAGUUGUGGACCGAGGAGAAAAACGUGAAGUCUCUCUCCUCUGGGUGGAGGACUCUCCACGUGUCGUAGAGAUUAUGUUCGUCUAGUAGUCUCUGGUAUGUGGUGCAUUGUCUCCUGGCUGGGUUGUUCCCUUUCGUAUUAGGACCUUUGGACAAGUCUAACCCAGGGUCUAGAAUGUGGUUAAAGUCUCCACAGAUUAUUAGCAUUCCCCUCUGGAUCGGUGCUAUUUUGGCUAGUGUUUUAUGCAGGAAGUUGCGUUGUUCUGAGUUGGGUGCGUACACGUUUGCUAUGGUGUAGGUAAUGUCAUUGAUUGUGCAUACCAGUAUGAUGUAUCGGCCUUCCUCGUCUAUGACUAAGUCGUGUUCGGUGAAUGCUACUCGGUUGCUGAUUAGCACAGAGACCCCUUUCGUUUUGGAUUUUGCUGUAGCGUGUUGUUGGUAUGGGUAUGCGAGGGGUUUAAGGAGAUAUGGUUUGGUGAGAUGUGUCUCCUGGAGACAUACUAUGUUUGGUUGGGAUUUUUGGAGGUCGUGAAGUAAUAGGUGGCGUUUGACAGGGGAAUUUAGCCCCCUUACGUUGUGACUAUAUAUCUUCAUAAAGGGAGGGUCUGUGAGGGGUGCUAUCUGUAACGUUGUCAUCGUUAGAUUUGUGUUUUCCCCGAGUGCCCUUGUAUGUCUUGGUACUUGAGUCUAGUGUGAUGUGUAUAGGCAGUGGUGCCGUGAAGUAUAUACUUGCUGUGUUGCUGAGUGGCUGCUCUGGCGGAUCCGCGUGAGGCACAUCCGUGACGGGUCGCGUUGUCCUCCUGGCUCUCUGUGUCUGUACUGGAACGGUACGGUUAUGCAGGUACAUAUCCUUGGAUUGUCUAGUGUGGUCUGGGUAGGGGAGGGAGGAUAAGAGGUUAAUACAGGAAAAUAGAAAAAUAGAAAACAGUGCGGUAAGGACCGCAGGGCCCAAGGUGGGCUGAGUACCCAGGUUGGGUACCAUGGAGGUAGGCAACAACAAAAACAUUAACAAAUAUCUUGUGCGAUUAGCCCUAGCGCUUAUCUCAAUAGUUCUGCAUACCACGUGAAGAUAUAGUUAUUUCAAAAACAUAAACAAAAACAUUGUUUUUUUUUGUGUUUUUUUUUUCUCAUUAACUUAGUUCCACAGGUCUCUGUCCGGGCUACUCUCAUAUGAGAGGCCAAUUGGUCUAUGCGUCCCCAAUCUUCCCUUGGGUGAGUUGAGGGGAUGGGUGACCCCCAUGGCAGAACUUUUUUUUUUUUUUAUUAAAAAAGGGCCGCUGGCAUUGAAGAGAUCGUGGGAGCAGUUAACCAACUGCUGUGUAUAUCUGAGGUUAACUAUAUGUGGGUAUUAUUUAUUUAUUUAUUUAUUUAUUUUUUUUUUAUUUUUUUUUAUUAGUCAUAACUAUGAGUAAGUUUUAAGCUAGAGGUGUCAUAGGGUGUGGGGUGAAAAUACCAGUUAGGGAAUUCCUCAAUCAGGUGGCAUCGCCAUUCAGUCCUGUAUCUGUACUCUUUAAAACUGGAUAUGGGCUGAUGGAGUUUGGGUUACUUCUUCGCCUUCUUCCAGUCCUGUCUCAAUCGCUGUGGUGAGGUUGUGCGUCCGUGUUGUUUGCGAAUUGGUAGGUCCCAUUGUUUCAGGGCCCUCAGGCCUUCCUCCGGCGUUGUUACAUGUGUAAAGGUGCCAUUGCGCUGGAUAAUCAGGCGCACCGGGUGACCCCAUCUGUAUGGGAUCUUGUUGUCCCGCAGCGUUUCCGUAGUCUCCUUGAACUCCCUUCGGCGUUGUAGGGUGGCUGCCGAUAGGUCAGCAUAUAUUUGUAGAUGGCCAUAUUUAGCUGGAAGGUUUGUGCGGUUCCUGGCAGCUUUGAGUAUGGCCUCUUUGACAUGAUAAUAAUGGAGAUGGGUCAGCGUAUCUCUCGCCGCCUCGGCUGGUAGAAACUUCGGUUUGGCCACCCGGUGGGCCCGGUCCAGCAGGAUCAUCUCAGUCGGUAUUUCUGGUAUUAGACACUUGAAAAAACCUGUCAGGAAUUCAGGUAUUUCAGCUUGCGUUAUCGAUUCCGGUAUGCCCCGGAUUCUCAGGUUCUGUCUCCGUGACCUGUCCUCCAGAUCUGAGAGUUUGAGCUGGGCUGAGGUGAGUUUCUGUUCCAGGGCUUUAACGUGGUCUGUCAGGUCGUUAUGUGCCUCUUCAUAUUCGCCCAUGCGGUUUUCCACGUGGGCCGUUCUUUCGCCCAGCUCCUGGAUGUCCUUGCCCAUUGCAGUGACCGAUGCUUGGAUUUUGUUGAGCAAUUUGUCGGACAUUUCGUCCAGGCACGCUCUCAGGAAUUCCUGUGUCACGGGGAGAUUCCCAGGGUCUGGUGAAUUAUGGAGGGGGAGGGUAUCGUCGCCAUCUUGGUCUGCCUCAUGCUGGCCCUGGGCUCUGGUAGGCGCGGGUCUCGCCGCAAAGAAGCCCGAUUUUUCAGCCCUAUCAGGGAUUUUCUUACCCCUCUGCUGCGACAUGCUUGUGGGGCGAGUGAUGCCGGGUUGCGUUUCGCGGUAUGCUGGGUUUAGUCGCUUCGUGGGCUAAUCUAGGAGCGGAGCACUAGUGCCGUGCGACCAUCCGCUUCAGCGUGCAGGCCACGCCCCCGUAAUAAACAUUUUUUUUAAAUAAUUCCAUUAAUAUCACCCAACCCCCUGAACCAUUUGCGUCUAAAAAGCUCUACAUUCAUGGUUGCAGUGCGCCUAUGGUCUGCAGCCUCCCUGUAAUAAUGUAUUUCAUUAUUGUGGCAUGGUGCCCUCAUUGCUGACUGGUUGAAUUUCUUUGGCAAAGAAAUGCUCACUUCAAGAUAAUGUGCAGUAAUAGGGCUCCACAUGAAAAAAUACGUCUGCGUCAGGAUAAUGCACGGAAUAAGCCAGUGUGCUUUUUCACAUUUAAUUCCCGCACUAUUUUCUUGUCUUCUAAUACCUUGCGCGGUGGCUUUAAGGAAAUCUUCUCACGAUUUGUUUCCUAAGCUUUUCUAUGUAGGCAGCUUGAGAUUUCUUGCCUCAUUAAAUCAGUGAGAUUAAAGACUUUAGCUUUUCACACUAACUGCUAAAAGCUCCAGGUGCACUUCCUAGAGUGCUCUGUGAAUGGCAGUGGGAUUUGCUUAGUGCCAUUAUUUUUACAAUCUGUUAUAUCUCUUUCAUAAAAGAAAUGUAUCAAUUGAAGAAAAGUUAUUUGCUAUUUGUUCUUUGUCUAAUUCUCUUGUUUGACUAGGAGAGGUUUGGGAACAGAAUUUUCAAGGGUUAAUAUAUUUAGAUGAUAAAUUAGAGAAACUACAGAACAUCUGGUAAGUCAGUUGUCGAAGAGCAAGUAAGGGCUAUGACAACACUCACUACAUACAAAACUUCAGAGUAGGUGAAAAUAAGAUGUGAGAACUUUAGAGUUAGUACGUAGAGAUGGGGAUUAGAGUUUAGCUAUGUGCGGCCUAUUUUAUAGACGAUCCCCAAAUUGAAUUCUAGGUUUCUGCAGUUUUCCUUUAACAGAUCAUUGUCCAAUGUGUCAAUGAGGUGUUUUAGGACCGGUUUCACUUUUCAGCCCCAACGUCGGGGAGAAAAGUAUCAAAAAUAAAAUAGUAGCUAUUUUCAGGCUACAAACUGGAUAAUCACUAAACUCCCAAAACUAUCAUGAAUUAAAAUUUGAAUUGCAAAAGUGAGACAAAAUGGCUGAUUUGGAAAAAAAAAAAUAACUGCUAAUUAGUCAUUACCACACCAAUAGUUGUCACAGCACAAACUGAGUGGGGCUGCCCCACAUGGCCGACAUGGACCAACUUCCAUUGCACAUUGACUCAAAAAGCCGAAAGGAAUAGAAAGCGGAACAAAUGACAAAACGUAUGUCAAAGAAGUUUAAAAAGGGAAUAUAAAAUUUGAAGAGACCUGAUUAGGACAGGAGAGUAAAAUAGCAUGCAAAUAACUUGGGUUAGCGGUGAGUCCUAUAGAAUGGCCCUGCUUACAGUAAAAAACAAAAAGCUGAGGCAAUGAGAUCUCAUUCUACCCUUAAUCAAAUUAAGUAUAUAGUCGGUAUACAGGUAUUCUAACAUUCACUUGCAGUGGACAUGGGAUUCAUUGACCUUUUACUACUAUACCACCUGCUUAUCUAACGUGAGGUAGUAGAUUUGGGACCUUCACCGUGGGCUGCAAUCCACUGUAGUCUCUGGUACCCCAUACCCUGCUUUUCAAGGCAUAGAAUGACAAGGGAAAUACAUUAAAUCUAUUAAUAUACUUUGUAUAAAUACAUGUAUUGACACGUGAUUUUUACGGGUUUUUUUAAGGAGCCAAAACUGGUGCCAUAGGACACUUCAUUGUUUUCCCACUCAUAACUUUAAACCGUAGUCUUGACUUAAAAGAAGAAAAACUACCACAACAAGAGGACAUAGUCUUAAAUUAGAGGGACAAAGGUUUAAAAAUAAUAUCAGGGAGUAUUACUUUACUGAGAGGGUAGUGGAUGCCUGGAAUAGCCUUCCAGCUGAAGAGGUGGAGGUUAACACAGUAAAGGUGUUUAAGCAUGCGUGGGAUAGGCAUAAGGCUAUCCUAACUAUAAGAUAAGGCCAGGGACUAAUGAAAGUAUUUAGGAAAUUGGGCAGACUAGAUGGGCCGAAUGGUUCUUAUCUGUGGUCACACUCUGUUUCUAUAUACACAAAGCCUUAAAAUAUGUAGAUAUUUGUAUAACGGUCAGGGUUGAAGGACGAGCUUUCUUUAUCAAAUAGACUCUGAUUCAGUAAAUCUAGUGGGCAUUUUAAACCCCAAAAUAUGUUAAGCUAUGUAAGGAUUCUUUUUGGAUUACGGUAGUGUGAUUUUGCUUUGAUUUUUUUUUUUUUUUCUAAAGAUACUAUGAGAAUGUGUUUCUGCCCCAAAGAAAGGUGUAAUCAGAUAAUACAUUUCCUUGUCUUCUUUAGCCGCCAAUACAAGUUCAGAUUUAACCUUUAUUUCUAGCUUUUUGGGACCUUUUUCAUUGUUGAAGAAAGCAUUCCAUGGAGUUUCAUAAGUAAAUGAGAAUUAUUCAAAUUUUUUAAUUUUUUUACCCCCAUCAUUUCUUAAAGACCUUGUACUGGAAACGACAUUGUGUUUUGGAGUAUUUCUUCAAAGGAACACUGAAGUCACCCAGACUACAUCAUCUCAAUGAAGUACUCUUUUUGCAGUGAUCCUGUCAUUUUAAGUCUUCAAUCUAAAACAUUUGGUAGCCUUGGCAGUUUUUAUAUUGACAGGUUAAAUGCACCUCAAGUGGCUGUCUUCCUUACAUAGCAGGAAUACAUGCUGCUCAUAACAGCAUUUGAUUGGUGUAGCAUGGAGUUUGGCUGUGCAUGCGUAUCUUGUCCACCAGUGCUUCUCUAUGAGAAACAUUGGAUUUAAUGAGAUUGUACAAGAUGUUCGUAGGCGUGAUGAUAUCUUCAAUGUGGGUGGCUGCAGCAGAGAAGUCUUGGUGCUGGAUAAAAGGUGAGUAAACUUUUAUUUUUAUCAUCAAAGAGGUGGACAAUGGUCAGUGUGAUUGAUGGGGAUCUAAAAUUCCAGAGGAGAAAAAAACUUGUUUUGGGGAAUAUAAGUUCCUUUCUAUGUCGUUAAUUUGAAGGCAAAGCACUCAAAGCCUAAUGUUUAAGUUUGUGUUUGGUCUGCUAAUUUUUUUUAAUUUUUUUUUACCGUUUACUGAAUGUAUUUGAAGGUGUGAAGGUUGUUCCCGUUGUAUGAAAAGCUGAUGUUUGCGAUGUUGUUGCUAAAGUUCUAAGCCAAGCGUCAAACACACAUUGUAUUUCCUUAAUUCAUAACCUUUCAGGUGGUGUUCUCUUUAUUCAAGAAGGUUUCAUUUUGCAACAUUUAGCUGCUCUUUGCGAGUGGGUCUUCAUCAUCAAUGUCCUCAUCUUCUACGGAACAUUUGCCUUCGAAUUUGGGGCAAUAUCGACGGAUACGUUCCUGGUUCUACUCAAAGCUAGCAGGGCUCCAAAGAGCUAUAAGGCAGGAACCAGCACUCCGGCCACUCCUCAUGCCCAUAGUACAUCUGAGAACAUGGCCAUGAUUUGA